AUGUCGUGGGACUUGCUGCAGCGAUUAUUUGAGAGCGACGUCUUCAACUCCAAUCCCUUUCUCCCCGUUUCCUACCUCUCUCGAUAUGCCGAUCAUGUGGGCAUUCAUUAUGUGCUCUGCAAUAAGCUGCGCCAGUUCCCCUACGAGGACAUUGAGUUCUUCCUCCCCCAGCUCUGCCACCUCAUAAUCAGCGUCAACAAUGAGUCAAUGGCCCUGGAGGGAUUUCUCCUCGAUCUCUGCGAGGAGUCUGUGACUGCAGCCUUGCUUACCUUCUGGCUCUUCCAGACAUACUUGCACGACCUUUCCUCUAACCCCCAGACCGACGCGUUCCAGACCUGCCGCCGCGUCUAUAACAAGGUCCAGCACAUUGUUUUCGGUCUGCCUGAUGCCACCAGCCCCGACAAGAUCAGCGAGAAUGUCCUCCCUGUCACUGUCCUUGCCAGCUUUGUUCUCGCUAGCAUCGGUGCGCCCUUCCUGCCUCGAUGGGCCGGGCCACUGGCCAUUGCUCAGGCCCGCAAACCAUCUCCACCUGAGACAGUCAAUGCUACGGCCGCUGCGGUCACUCCGCCAGGCACGGAAGCCACCGAUGCUUCCCCAGGUUCAGGCACGUUCGCAAGACCGACCCGUUCCCAUACGAUCGCCAUGGUGCCCACUAAGCCCAGACGUACCAAGGAUGAGACCAGAGGCAGUUCCCGGCCGUUGGGCUCGAUCCGACAACACUCAAACCCGUCCGUGGAUUCAAUAUCGUCGCCGAGACAGGCAAAACACAAACAUCGGCCGAACCAGCAGCAGCAGCCACAGUCUCUGUCACGACCGGGAUCGUCUUCGAGCAUGAUUGCACUGCCGUCGCCUCUUGUGGACCUGCAAAAUACCUUUCGGCCGUUACCACUGCCAACACCGACCCACCACUUGGAUAGCAUCUCAUCAGAAGCCCGGAUGAGCACAGCAUCUCUACCGCUGCCCGACCUGCGAACGCCUCACAUGGUCACGAGACCACCUACACCUGUGUCUGCCGGCCUGCGUCCAGACGAAUCGGCCGCAUCCGCUCUGGCUCGUCGCCACUCCCACCACGCCAAGACGCGACUGGUCAGCGUGGCUGAUUUGAGCCCCGAGAGCCGCGUCCGACUCCUGCGACAGAACUACUUCCGCUGCCAGACGCAGUUCCUGCGGGCCUUGGAAGACAUUUCCAACCGCCUGGUCGCCGUGCCAAAACCCGCACGGCUCAGCGCCCUCCGCGCCGAGCUCGCCCUCAUCUCCCAGGACCUGCCAGCAGAGGUGGAUAUCCCUAUCAUCUGUCCGCCAACCCUGGUGAAUGGCUCUCCGAGCCGGAGCCGGCAUCAUCGCAUCGUCCGCCUCAACCCGGCCGAAGCUACAGUGCUCAACAGCGCCGAAAAGGUCCCAUACCUCCUCAUGGUAGAGAUUUUGCGCGAGGACUUCACGUUCGACCCGGAAUCGUCCGACAACCACCGGCUGCUGACCUCCCUGGUGACGGAACAAGGUUCGCGGAGACGCAUAUUCGAUCUCUCCGACUCGGUACAGAACGGCAACUCGUCCCGUGCGUCCGAUGCUGCAGCGGCGGCAGCUGCUGCUGCAUCACUAGAGCCCCCCAUCGACAGUGUAUUUGAGCCCACUUCUGGUGACCUCGGCAGCUCUCCGCUUAUAAAACCGUUUGAGGAGGACGAGGAAGGUGGCGAGUUGCCCGCGCCAGGGAGAACACCAUCAGGUACUCCCCACCGAGGAAUGUCUACUCCGACCAAUCGCCAUACGAUCAGUGGUAUGCCAGGCUCAAUGUCUUCAGUUGCUGCCACCACGGUCACGGCUGCCACCACCUUCGCAGACAGCACACCACGGAGCUCAGCCGCGUCCACAUCGCGGUCUAGCAGUCCUGCACCCCGGCUACGCAAGAUGACACUGCCCCUAUCUCGUGGCCAGCACACGGCGGAUCAGCCCGACUUUUCGGCCUUGGCCACGCACAUGCGGACAGCAUCGCAAAUGCUAGCUCAGCUCGAGGCAACAAGCGGCAAGCGACCGCGCCAUGAGGUGGCAGCAAUUCGUGCCAAAAUCAUCGCCAGCAUGCAGAGCCUCGAGGAGCAGAGCUUCGACCUGGACGACGGGCAGGGACCGACUUUCGACCUAAUUAUAGCUAAGGCGACCGCGGCCAACGUUGCUGCUGCCGCAGCCGCGGUAGUCGAUACGGUGGCCGAGUCUGCUGAGGGCUCGACAUCGGCCACGCCGGUAGCCGGUAGCGAGGACGCCGAUGACGACACGGCAGCAGCGGCAGAAGCUGCUGUUGCCGCGGGUGGAGAUCGAGCGGCCGUGAAUCCAAACGCAGGCAUCGCGCGUAUGGAGAACGACUUCAAGACAGGCGGUCUGCAGCGCAAAGGCGACCGAGACGACCCGAGCGCGGCAGUAUUUGGCGAGGCUUGGGACCUGAAGCGGGAGCGGAUUCGGCGAUCAUCGCCAUAUGGAUGGAUGAAGAACUGGGAUCUGGUCAGCAUGAUUGUCAAGACGGGGGCGGACCUGCGGCAGGAGGCGUUUGCGUGCCAGCUGAUCCUGGUGUGCGACAAGAUCUGGAGGGAGGCAAGCGUGCCGGUGUGGGUGAAGCUGAUGCGGAUCCUGGUAACGGGCGAAUCGUCAGGGCUGAUCGAGACGAUCACCAAUGGCGUGUCGCUGCACUCGAUCAAGCGCAGUCUAACGCUGUCGUCGAUCGAGUCCGGUCAGAAUCCGCGGCGGCGCAUCGCGACGCUCAAGGACUACUUUGCCAAGGCGUUUGGCGCAGAGGACAGCGAGGCGUAUCGAGCGGGUGUGGACGCCUUCAAGCGGUCACUGGCGGCGUACAGCGUCAUCUCGUAUGUGCUGCAGCUCAAAGACCGGCACAACGGAAACGUGCUCGUGGACAACGAGGGCCACAUCAUCCACAUCGACUUUGGCUUCAUGCUGUCGAACUCGCCGGGAUCAGUAGCCUUUGAAGCGGCGCCCUUCAAGUUGACGCAUGAGUAUGUCGAGGUGCUCGGCGGGCUGGGGUCGCCCGAGUUUGACGACUACAAGCGUCUGUGCAAGCAGGCCUUCCAAGCCCUUCGGAGGUCGGCCGACAACAUUAUCGAUCUCGUCAGCAUGAUGGGCCUCGGCUCCAAGAUGCCGUGCUUCUCAGCAGGCGUCGUGCAGGCGACGGCAAACCUGAGGCAGCGCUUUCAGCUGCACUUGAGCGCCGAGGAUGCCGAGCAGUUCGUGGAGACGGAGCUGGUCGGCAAGUCGCUUGGAAGCUACUACACCCGACUAUACGAUACCUUCCAGUAUAGGACCCAAGGAAUCUACUGA